UCUCGCCGUGUGUUUUCAUUUUCUCUCCGUGCACAGUUUUACCCCUCAUUUAUUAGUAAUAACCUGACUUUCAAAACAUACGAGCCCGACAAGCAAAAACUACACGUCAUUAUUUUGUCAUUAGUCGAAAAACGUAGUCAAUAAGACACAUAGUUCAAUGCAAAUGAGAAGAAGCAAUGGCUGGAGGACGUCGCUGUCCAGGCGGACGAUCGAGUACUCGGCUCCAAGUCGGUAGUUCGAACAGCAACAACAACAAUAGUGGUUCGGUACCUUCAGGUAACAGCAACAGCAACAACGCUGGUUGUUACAAUAAUGUUGACGAUAAGAGGAACCACAAUAACAUGAACGAGCAGAUAAACGUUGGGCGCACGCUUGCUCCCAAACACAUACCCGUGCCAUCCGUACCUUUCGACGGACAGAUACACUUUGAGGCUUUGUCCUUGGCCACGUCCCUUGUCGUUGCUGCCCUGCAACUGCUCAACUUGUACAAGACUAUCUGGUGGCUGCCACACUCCUAUAACGAUUAUAGCAUGAAUUUCUAUUUAAUGGAUCCCUACCUUUUAAUAUUUAUCAUAACCAUGGCAGCAAGACAACUCGUCCACGCCAUAAUUUGUAAAUCGAUGGACAGUGUUAUUCCCCAGAAGUGGUUACCAUUUGCUCAAAGAGUCAUGAGGAUACUACUUUUUACUGUUGUUAUGGGCAUACUUCUCUGGUGCCUGUAUCACAUGAAUCAGAGGCACAGUACUAUUAAGAUUUUUUACCUUUGUUAUCCUUCUGUAUCCUUCUAUUUUCUAAUGUUUGGCUUUAGCAUAAGACCGUUUUUUGAUAUUUCAAGUCCACCUCUUUACGUGAAAGAGGACAGAAAAACCAAAUUUUUAUUAGAUAAGCCUUUGCAUAAUUGUUCGUUGAAUGCAACUGCCAUUAGAGCCGAGGUAGCCAGUCUACAGUUAGACUUUAAUAAAAGGUUGAAGAAGGCUCUUUUCGCAUCUUCUGGAAGUGCGUACUUGUGUGGCGUUGCACCUGUGAUAUUUAUUCCUCAGCAUUUACAUUACGACUUUGGCUGGGUGGCACAGCACGUUAUUUUCAUUUGGCUGGGUAGGUUAGGUACCCAUCUAUGUCAAUCCUACCCCGUCAGAUAUUGCGACGUUCUUCAUCGAGCAGCGCUUCAUUUGGGCAAAUGGUCCAAAUUUGACAGUAAAAAUGUCCACAUACCCAUACAGUCGUGGAACGACGGGAUUCUUUGGCCUCACGGUUCCGUAGUAAGGCAUAACAAGGAGCUUUAUCGCUCCGAAGGUCUUUGCACUGCUGCGGAACCGGGAAAUCCAACUCACCACCGAUUUCACGCGAUGUUCGGCAACCCCUCCUUAUUUCAGUUUUCUUUGUUUGUCUUGGAGCUGACGAUCGUCGUUGCUCAGUUUAUGAUACUCUUCCGUGCAAGAGAGUGGUAUCGAACAUUGUCCAUGUGUCUUUUACUCAUGACAAAUUAUUGCACGCUCUACAGACUAUUCAGAGAUUAUCUAGUGAGUUACAAACUUUACCAUACCGAACAGAUAAUCCAAGAGAAGGCACAAAUAACUAUGGCAAAUAACGCUCAAUAGGCUCGUGAAAAAUCCAAGAAGAGAAAUAAAACGAUACCAGAACGGUACAAAGGCGAGGAAAACAAAUGAGUUUGUUUUUAUUUAUCGAUAUUUUUUUUUUUUUUUCAUAAAAUACAUGUUACAGACUCAACAGAGAUUAAAACAUAUUUAAAAAAGAUUCUCAUAAUCUCAUGUGUGACUUGAAGAUUUUUGUAAAAGAAAAAAAAAAAAAAAAAAAAAAAAAAAAACAAGAAUCGUUGUGGUUCUUAAAGAAUUUCAAAACAAUACUACUAUUUACAUGAUUGUGAUAAAAUUCAUGAUUUUACAAUCUACACAUUUUAUCCUAACACACAUCACCAUUUCGAUGAAAAAAUCGAAAUAUCUUAGAACGAAAGUAGUAAUAUAACAAGUUUCUAAUAAAA